AUGAGUGGAAUGAACCGCCGAUCCUCAAGUGGGGAAAACAGUGAUGAUGCAUUGGAACACUGUGGACUCACAGCCACUCGACGUACAUGGCCAGCACCAAAUUACGAACUUGAAAGAAAACACACCAUGAUGACAAGUCUCGAUAGCAGUAAUGAAAUGCACACAAGUGGUGGUGGACUCUCAACCGCAACAAGAACGACUAAUACCAAUUCCUCAACACCACAGCACAACAGUACUCUCACCUGGGUCUCACCAAUGACUUCCGAUAGUCUACAACAACAACAUCAACAACAAGAGGAAUUCCUGCAAAGAAAGCGACAGAGUAGUGAAAUGUCUAUUGAUCUCGUAUGGGGUGAAGAAGAGGCGGACGAACAGGAAAAAGAAGAAAAAGGAGAAGAGGGGAAAAAGAAUUCAACACCAUCAACGGUUCUCACCGCACGUGUCCCACGUCCAACAGGAUGGAGUGACUCUUCUUCACCAGUAACAGUUCGACGACGUCUUUCAAUGCAUGAGGGAAGUCGUCGAAGUGGUACACUUCCCGCAAGUUCAGCAGCCACUGUUAUUACUACUACUACUACUACUACUAAUAAUAAUAAUAAUAAUAAUAUACGAACAGGAGAAGAAUUACAAGAAGUGACACCCACACCAUUGAGACGCAUGCCGCAUUUAUUACAACAGCCGCAAUUGCCAAUGAUGGAACCGGCAACGGAAUCUCGUGAGUUACCCGUGCGGCCGGGAUAUACACUGCCAAGUCCAAGUACACCAUUAUGGCCAGCUCUUGAAGAGGUAGAUGAUGAGGAGGAGGAGGAAGAAGAAGAAGAAGAGAAUGAAGAUAAUAAUAAUAAUAAUAAUAAUAAUAAUAACAAUAUUAUUACGGAGGAGAGAUUAAAUACGGUGGAAAGUGUACGAGAGGAUGUGGAUAUGGAUGCGGAUGCGGUGAUGCGUUUGACCUUAUCACGUCGUCCAUCAUCGUUUGCGCAGCGAGUGGCACCUUCAUCCAUGUCCUCUGUCUCCAUCUCACCGCCAUCUGUUGUAGUGGCGAGUAGUCAAGAAGCACGACGACUAUUCACUACCACUAAUAAUAAUAAUAAUCAGCUUCAUAGGAAUGCUUAUAACCAUAAUGAUGUGGAUGAACCUGCGAAUUCCCAAAAGAGUGCUAGUGGGGAUAUUGGUGUUGUGCAUGAGACAGUGCCGAUGAGUCAGAAGAGUCAGAGAAAGGCAGAGGAAACACUACGGAGGAUUAAGGCAGAUGCGUGGGCAGAAGAAAUGCGGAAGUUCUUUGAAAAAAUUGAUCAGCGGCCGCUACUGGCUGUAACAGUGGAUGAACAGCAAUCAUAA